AUGCCGACGGAAGUUGUAAACGCCACAAACGGUCCCUGUAGGACCGAGCUGAUGGGGCAGCUCAUCAGCAACUGUGGCUGCUCGACAGGCUCGGCAUCAAGACCCUCGUCAGCCGUUAGCGCUGUGAACCGCCUUGUGGCGUUUGUUGACGCCGACAGCUCGGCAUCAACGACGUGCAGCUCAGCAGAUGCCGGUGCAUCUGUUUUUCUUCCGCCGUCGACCCGCAUAUCCUUCGACUUCAUUGGAGUGGUUGGAGUAUCGAACGAGAUGCUUGAGGAGCUGUACGAUGCGUUUGAUGUGAAUCGACGCGGUGGCGUGGAGCGUUCUCUGAUGCGUGAGAUGAUGAAAUCCGGCUUCUCCAAUUACGGUGCGCCUUGUGGCGAUAAGGACAUUGACCGGUUGUUUGAGCGCAUUGUGCCGUACAGCGUCCGUCGCCGGAAGGAGGAGGGCAACGAGGAUGAGGAUUUGAUGUCGUUCAAUGAGUUCUGUGCUCUUUUCUUGUCGUGGCUGCGGCUGUGA